GGAACCCACAGAGGAACCCCAGAGUGAAUCAGCAGAAGAAGAGCUAAGAAUUCUUCACAUCUCGGUCAUGGGAGGUAUGAUUGCCUUGCUGCUUUCCAUCUUAUGCCUGGUUAUGAUCCUCUACACACGCCGACGUUGGUGCAAGCGACGACGAGUGCCCCAACCCCAGAAGAGUGCCAGUGCAGAGGCAGCCAAUGAAAUUCACUAUAUCCCCUCGGUGCUGAUUGGAGGCCAUGGCCGUGAGAGCCUCCGAAAUGCCCGGGUACAGGGUCACAACUCAAGUGGGACUCUGAGCAUCCGAGAGACCCCUAUCCUAGAUGGCUAUGAGUAUGACAUUACUGACUUGCGUCACCACCUGCAAAGAGAAUGCAUGAAUGGCGGCGAAGACUUUGCCAGCCAGGUUACCAGAACUCUGGACUCACUACAGGGCUGCAAUGAAAAGUCGGGCAUGGAUCUUACGCCAGGAAGUGACAAUGCCAAGCUGUCCUUGAUGAACAAAUACAAGGAUAACAUCAUCGCCACUAGUCCUGUGGAUUCCAACCAUCAGCAGGCUACACUGCUGUCUCAUACCUCCAGCAGCCAGCGCAAGCGGAUCAAUAACAAGUCACGAGAGUGCAAGGUUCCAUCUCCAUGUCAAACUGGCUCUGCAUUUCUGAACCCUGAAGGGGAUUCUGGCACAGAAGCAGACAAUGAUCCUCAGCUGACCUUUUACACGGACCCUUCAAGGAGCAGGCGGCGAAGCAGGGUGGGUUCACCAAGAAGCCCUGUCAGCAAGACUACCCUGACACUCAUCAGCGUCACCAGUUGUGUCAUCAGCCUGGUCUGUGCCUCCCAUGUAAACUGCCCCCUUGUGGUCAAGAUAAUAUUGCAUGUUCCAGAGCAUCUCAUUGCUGAUGGAAGCCGGUUUAUCUUGCUAGAGGGCAGCCAAUUGGAUGCCAGUGACUGGUUAAACCCUGCCCAGGUGAUUCUUUUCUCUCAGCAAAACUCCAGCGGGCCCUGGGCAUUGGACUUAUGUGCCCGACGACUCCUUGACCCCUGUGAACAUGAGUGUGACCCUGAAACAGGCGAAUGCUUUUGUUAUGAAGGUUACAUGAAGGAUCCAGUGCACAAACAUCUCUGCAUCAGGAAUGAAUGGGGCACAAACCAAGGGCCAUGGCCAUAUACUAUAUUCCAGCGUGGAUUUGAUUUGGUGCUGGGAGAACAGCCUUCUGACAAGAUAUUCAGAUUCACCUACACUCUUGGGGAAGGAAUGUGGCUGCCUCUGAGCAAGAGCUUUGUGAUCCCACCUGCUGAACUGGCUAUCAAUCCAUCUGCCAAGUGCAAAACAGACAUGACAGUGAUGGAGGAUGCCGUUGAGGUCCGAGAGGAGCUGAUGACUUCCUCCUCCUUUGACAGCCUUGAGGUACUUCUGGAUUCAUUUGGGCCCGUUCGGGACUGCUCCAAGGACAAUGGUGGCUGUAGCAAGAAUUUCCGUUGCAUUGCAGACAGAAAAUUGGAUUCCACUGGUUGUAUGUGCCCCCCAGGCCUCAGCCCCAUGAAAGAUGGCACUGGCUGCUAUGAUCGCCACAUUGGUGUGGAUUGCUCAGAUGGAUUCAAUGGUGGUUGUGAGCAGCUGUGUCUUCAGCAGAUGGUGCCUUUGCCAGAGGAUCCUACUUUAUACAAUAUCCUUAUGUUCUGUGGAUGCAUUGAAGACUACAAGCUAGGUGUGGAUGGGCGAUCAUGCCAGUUGAUUUCUGAAUCCUGUCCAGAGGGUGGUGACUGCGAAGAUAGCCGUGAACUGCCUAUGAACCAGACUCUUUUUGGGGAGAUGUUCUAUGGUUAUAACAAUCAAACCCAUGAGCUGGCACCUGGGCAGGUGCUGAAGGGGGCAUUCAGGCAGAAUAACUUUGCUCGUGGUUUGGAACAACAGCUCCCAGAUGGACUAGUGUUGGCCACUGUUCCUCUAGAGAACCAGUGCCAAGAGGAACUUUCUGAGCCAACCCCUGAUCCAGAUUUUCUGACUGGCAUGGUGAAUUUCAGUGAGGUGUCUGGAUAUCCCCUGUUGCAACACUGGAAUGUGCGUUCUGUCAUGUACCAUGUUCGGCUCAACCAGCUGACUAACUCCCAAGCAUUCAGUAAUGCUCUUCAUUCUCUGGAUGGAGCUACAUCCCGAGGAGAUUUUGUGGCUCUCCUGGAUCACUUUGGCAACCACUACAUACAGGAAGCUAUCUAUGGCUUUGAGGAGUCCUGUUCUAUAUGGUAUCCCAACAAGCAGGUUCAAAAGCAGCUCUGGCUGGAAUAUGAAGACAUCAGCAAAGGUAAUUCCCCCUCAGAUGAGUCUGAAGAGAGUGAGCGAGAUCCCAGGGUCCUCACUUUUCCAGAGUAUAUCACCAGCUUAUCAGAGUCAGGGACCAAGCGUAUGGCAGCUGGUGUACGCAUGGAGUGUCAAAGUAGAGGCCACUGCCCAUCAUCCUGUCCUCUAUGUCAUGUGAGUUCUAGCCCAGAUGCUCUGGCUGAACCCAUCCUCUUGGAGGUCACCAAAGCAGCACCCAUCUAUGAGCUGGUCACUAACAAUCAGACACAGAAGCUGUUGCAAGAGGCCACCAUGAGUUCCCUGUGGUGUUCAGGCAGUGGGGAUGUUAUUGAGGACUGGUGUCGGUGUGACUCAAGUGCCUUCGGUGUUGAUGGACUUCCAGCCUGUGCACCCCUUCCACACCCUGUGUUGAGGUUGUCCACUGUUCAUGAGCCCAGCAGCUCCCUUGUCAUUCUUGAGUGGGAGCACUCUGAGCCACCAAUUGGAGUUCAGGUUGUUGAUUACCUCAUCCGCCAAGAGAAGGUCACAGACCGCCUGGAUCAUUCAAAGGUGGAAACUGAGACAGUGCUGAGUUUUGUGGAUGACAUAAUCUCUGGAGCCAAGUCACCUUGUGCAAUGCCGGCGCAGGUGCCUGACAAGCUGUCCACAACCAUCUCUUUGAUCAUUCGGUGCUUGGAGCCUGAUACAACUUACAUGUUCACACUCUGGGGUGUGGAUAACACAGGAAGGCGCUCACAGUCAAGCGAUGUAACAGUGAAGACCCCUUGCCCAGUAGUGGAUGAUGUGAAGGCCCAAGAAAUAGCAGACAAGAUCUACAACCUCUUUAAUGGCUACACUAGUGGAAAGGAGCAACAAACUGCCUAUAACACCCUGUUGGACCUGGGCUCAACAAGUCUUCAUCGUGUCCUCUAUCACUACAACCAGCACUAUGAGAGCUUUGGGGAGUUUACCUGGCGAUGUGAGGAUGAACUGGGACCCCGGAAAGCCGGCCUCAUCCUAUCCCAGCUUGGGGACCUCAGUGCCUGGUGCCAUGGCCUUUUACAGGAGCCCAAGAUUGGUCUUCAGCGUACAUCACUCAAAUUCCUUGCCUGCCGCUACAGUGAGAUCAAGCCAUAUGGAUUCACUUGGUUGGAGCUAAGCCAGGACCUCAAGAAGACCUGUGAAGAGCAAACACUGACUGUCCUGUACAAUGACUAUGGGGACAAAGAAAACUGAACAGACUCAAGAGAAGGAGUCAAAGAACUUCAUCAGAAGCAGGGGGGAGACCAGGGAGUUUGUAGAUGCACGUUGGGUGGGUUUUAUAUAUGGAUCUUCAGUACACCAGACUGAUCUAUGAAGACAGUGUUGUUUAGAAAGAGAGAAGCUUAUGUUCUUUGCAUUGGCUAACAUGGUUUGACAUGAUCAACAGCCUUUUCACAUUUGCUAGGUUAUGUGGGACCCAGUAUUUGCUGUUCUGGAUGGGGAAUUGCUGUGCUGAUUUUGCUGAAGACAGAUGUGGGGAGGCUUAACUGCAUAUGUGUGUUAUGUGGAGAAAACCCUGCUUCACUCUGGGUAAAAGAAUAACAGGCUGUUCUUCCCCAACACCCAGUAGAAUUGAAAUACAAUAACCAAGGCCAACAAAAUAAAGGAAGCUCUUUUUUGGAAUGGAACAAUUCAGCAGCAGAAAGAAGAGUGGAUGCAAGUUCAAAGCAAAGGAAAAAUGUGAUUGGAAUAGAAAAAUAGAAACCUAGAAAACUGAAGUUGGAAGGGGAUUAC